AAACUCCUGACCUCCUAGAAAGUUACACCAAAUGGACAAAAGCUUUAGGCUAUUAGGCCAAAGCCGAUAAUAUCUCAAUAGUUGAGAGUUUGGGCUUUUACAUCUUUCGGGAGUAUUAGGUAUGCAAUGAAAUGAUCCAAGUCUUUGGCUAUGAUUAAUCUCUUCUUUCCCUUCAAUCUCCAUGUUAUUGGGGUUGUUGGAAAGCUUGAAAUCAUUGGUUAUUGUUUCGAUCAUAUGGGUUUGUAUUAGCCUUAUACUAAUAUAAAGAAACGAUUUAUCUCAGAAUUAGGUUAAACUUGUAGCGCAUUGGAAUAAAUUAUCAUCUUACUUACAUAAAGAAAAUUAAAACAGGAAUAAGAAAUUUUAUUCAAUCAAUGUUCCUUCAUUACAUGUAUCAGAUUUCGACACUUACAAGCAUUAAAAUGUACCCUGGAUUUUCAUGAUAUUAUCCUUUACACAAAAGCACUGCCAUCUACUUCUCCGGUAAUUUCACAUAUAGAUGACGCUACUUAACUGUCACUGAAAUCUACAAUGGCAAGGCAGCAGCUAGCAGAUACUGUGGCUAAUACAGGAAUUAUGACAGUGGCAUAUUGCCCAACGAUAAGCACGAAGUAAAUGCGAAACCAAAGAUCACAUAUAAAGAAGUAGUUGGGCGCAGAGAUUAGUCCUGUAUAAGCACCUAGAACCAUCUGCAUUCAUUUAUUUUCAAUGUAAGUAAUUUUGCAUUGAAAUCUUUCAGCCAUCAAGCCCAUGAAAGGCACAAAAGCAAAUCCAUAUGGAAUCAUUGCCAAACAAAGCCCAAAGGCAAUCAUUUCGGAAGCAAAUUCCCUUGAAAUCAUAUCUGUAAUAGGCUAUGUGGAUAAGUCCAAAACUGCCAGAACCGCUACAAGUUACUGCAUCACAGCUGUUCUUUAUUUUUGAAAAUUAAGCUUUAUAUUCACGAAGUGAUUAUCUCAUAAUUUAUAUUAGACUCCAUGACAAAUGUAAGAUUGGACAAUGUCAGUCGUAAAAUUAUUCUUGUUUUUAUAUAAUUUGAUGCUGUAGUUUGGUGAAUGAAAUUGCAAUGUUCAUUUUCUUUAUGUUAUUCGUGGAAGUAUCACACUCUGAUGUUUUCACAUCUGCCAUUAUCUACUAUCCUGAGAUUUGUGGCCAUGCCAUAUUUUUAUUUCUUCAUUGAUAGUGUGCCAAUGCAGGUACUAUCUGUCUCCCGAAUUAUGGUUGCAUGGCAGCCAAUCGGCAUAUCGAUGGGUGUGUUUGACAUGUGCCACAGGUAUCUAAAGGAGAGGAAACAGUUCGGAGUUCCACUUGCAGCAUUCCAAAUCAAUCAGGAAAAAUUAGUUCGCAUGCUUGGCAACAUUCAGGCUAUGCUUCUUGUUGGUUGGCGUCUAUGCAAGCUAUAUGAAUCUGGAAAGAUGACUCCUGGUCAUGCUAGCUUGGGAAAGGCAUGGACCACCAAUAAGGCUAGAGAAACAGUUUCUCUUGGUCGAGAACUACUUGGUGGAAAUGGUAUCUUGGCUGAUUUCUUAGUGGCAAAGGUCGGUCUUCUAGCAUAUCAAUUAUUCUUAAUUGCUCUUCACCAUAAUGAGGCUUCUACAAGUUGGAAUGACAAUAUGACCAACAAACUUGCAUGGAAUUGCAGAAAUUCUAAUGGAAUGUCAUUUGACUAUUUAGUUUAUAGCCCGGUUGAAAAUGCAUGCAUGAUAGUAGAUGAUGGAUUCCAAUGCAUAACUAUAUCUUUUAUAGUAUUUUGACUUGAUUGAUCAGGAGGUUUGCUAUUUAUUUUUUAAUAGAAAAUUCCUUUCUAUUCAAAUUUGGUGUAUGAUUUGAAGAUGCUUCAUUAACAAUAUUAUAUUACAGCUAUUAUUAUGUGCAGAUUGUA